AUGGCCACCGAAGAACCCAUCAUCGCCGUUGAACCCGUGUCCGAGCCAGCGACCGCCGAACCUGUCUCGGAGAAAGUGGAGGAACCCAAGGCCGAAGCUGAGAAAACGAAGAAAGUCAAGGAAACCAAACCUAAGAAAGCUUCCAAACCACGAAACCCUGCUUCCCAUCCUACUUAUGAAGAGAUGAUUAAGGAUGCAAUUGUAUCGCUGAAGGAGAAGAAUGGUUCUAGCCAAUACGCCAUUGCGAAAUUCAUAGAAGAGAAACAGAAACAGCUUCCUGCUAACUUCAAGAAGCUAUUGCUCCAAAAUUUGAAGAAGAAAGUUGCUUCUGGAAAACUUGUUAAGGUUAAAGGUUCAUUCAAGCUUUCUGCAGCGGCUAAGAAGCCAGCAGUUGUCAAGCCGAAGACAAAGCCAGCUGCCAAGAAAUCUGUGAAAGCUAAGCCAGUCGCUAAGCCUAAGGCUAAAGCCUUUGUUAAGCCAAAGGUUGCUUCAAAGGCCAAAGCGGUUACUACCAAGCCCAAAGCUGCUGCCAAACCCAAAGCUGCCGCCAAGCCUAAAACUGUUGCGAAGUCCAAAGCAGCUGUGAAACCAAAGCCCGCAAAGGUUGCAAAAACAUCAACUAAGACAACACCAGGAAAGAAAGUUGCUGUUACGAAGACUGCGCCUAAGAAAGUAGUUGUUACAAAGAAAGCUCCGGUGAAGAGUGUGAAAGCCAAGACCGUGAAGUCUCCUGCCAGGAAGGCUUCCGGUGUGAAGAGAGGAGGAAAGAAGUGA